AUGGAGGAGCAGAGCGGCCGCAUGAGUCUGAGCGAGUUCUCCAAGCAGACGGGGGACUUCCGCAGCCUCUCCGCCGCCGACAUCCAGGUCCUGGCCCUGACGCUGCAGCUGGAGGCCGAGCAUGGCGGCGGCCGCCCCCUGCGGACGGAGCCGCGGCCCCAGGUGCAGCUCAGCUUAACAAACCGUCACCCCGAAGCCCCGGUGGACGUUCCUGGCUUCCAUGUCCCCCUCAAGACAAAAUGCCCAGGGAAUGAGAGGAUCCCUUUGGAAGCAGAAACAGAUCCAGCAGAUCCUACAGAGACCGAGUUUUCUUCUUUUCUGUUCUGGAGGAGCCCUCUGCCUAACAUAGAGGAGGACUUGGAGGGCCUGUUGAAAGCAGACCCUCUUCUGUUGGAGACGGGGGACCUUGAAGGCCAGGAGAGUAGUGAGGAGGAGGAGAGCGGCACGGAGGACGGCUGGAUCACGCCAAGGAACAUUGAGCAGAUCCAGAAGAGCACCUGCUGGGGGAGCGAGCCUGCCGAGGUGCAGGUCGGCUGCAUCACCACCGACUUUGCUAUGCAGAACGUUCUGAUGCAGAUGGGGCUACAUGUGCUGGCGUUCAACGGCCUGCUGAUCCAGCACGCCCGCAGCUACAUCCUGCGUUGCCACGGUUGCUUCAGGACGACGUCAAACAUGACCCGGCUUUUCUGCCCCCACUGUGGGAACAAGACCCUGAAGAAAGUGGCCGUGACGGUGAAAGACGAUGGCAGCUUCCACUUGCAUUUUUCCCAGAACCCCAAAGUCCUGAACCCACGGGGUCUCCGGCACUCCCUGCCAGCUCCACAAGGAGGCAAGCAUGCCAGUAACCCCCACCUGACAGAGGACCAGCGCUUCCCCCAGCAGCGGCUCUCCCGCAAGGCCAGGCAGAAGACCAAGGCCUUUGACCCGGAUUAUGUGGCUGGAGUUUCUCCCUUUGCUGAACACGACAUUCACAGCCGGGCAGCCAAUCUGCAGAUCCGGGAUACAGCACUGGGUGCGGGCAGGAGGCGCCUGAACCCGAACAUGAGUCGCAAGAAGUUUAUGAAAAGCAAGUGAGGGAGAGGGCAGAUUCAGCCCUUCUUCGGCUGUGGGCGAAAGGGCCAUUGUGAGGCAAUCCAGGAAGGGCUGCAGGAAAAGUUGUCUUGGACUCUCGAGAAGCAGAGCAGCAGCAUUUGGAAUAAACCUUGGCUUUCCUUCAAUUAUGGCUGUUUCUUAGAUGUCGAGAAAAUAAAUUUGGCUUCUUUCAAGUGA